AUGUGGACAACAAUGAUUUUACCCCUGAUGCUUCUCUGUGUGCUCUCUUGUCUUCAUGCUCAGAACAGCGACAGCGCCCCCUCACAACAAGUCCAGCUACAAUCCAAUGGCAUGGACUACGCGCUGUUUGGCUACAACAGUCUCAAGGGAUGCCCUUUGACACUAACACAUGAUCCGGGCUUUACUCUUCCCAUCUUUUCUGCCGAAGUGACCGGAGACAAUGGCGGGCCACGUGGCGUGGGUCUGACCCGGCAUGUGUCGUGUGUCACGUCGUUUACGUCGACGGUGGUGGAGACGCCGUACGAACUGACCAAGCUGAUGGCUGUCACCGCACAACUGGGUGCUGAUGAGUGGGGGCCUCCCUUCUCGGCCAGCCAAGACUUUAAAAAGUUCUCCGCGGAACUGAAACAAAAUGUCCUGGUCUUUUCAACAGCUGUGUGCAGUAUCUAUCACGUGAAUUUGUUACUCUGGGAACUGCCGUCUUUUCGUUCAUCGUUCUUGGAGUGGAUCAUUAAGCUCAACAACACUGAUGACGAGGACAUGUACCUGAAGUUCCUUGACACCUACGGCACCCACUUUGUGUCACGGGCCCGCUUUGGGGCCUCGAUAACAGUCGUGCACAAGAUGGAGGAUAAGGUUUAUCGGCGCCUCACGGAGGGUCACGUGAGAUCAGCUGCCAGCUAUGUGGCUGCUGAGCUAUUUGGACAACCCCAGACCUUGACCUCUGAUCAACAAAAGGCAGCAAACGAGUUUCGAAACAAAGUGGAGACAACAACGGUUACUGUCGGUGUUUCUCCACCUUAUGCAGGUAACAGCCUGACUUGGUUCACAGCAGCGGAAGAUCAACCCUCCGCUAUCCACUAUCACCUGACCUCUGUGGAGGUUCUCUUCUCAGACACCCUGAUGGGUAACUCGAGUCUUAUAGGCAGUUAUGGUAUUAACCACGUCAGGAUCAGGAACAACAUCGUGGCUGUCAAGACAAAGUACUGUUGGACUUUAAAGGGAGAAGACUUGAUAGGUGAGUGUGAAGGUAGUUCAAGUAAGACUCUGCUUUCCACAAAGUUGAUGGAACUGCUUCCCAUCUUGCAUUGA